GACAAAUUCGUCAUAUUCAUAUGAAUUUAUUUCGUGAGCGAGUGUUUACAAAAUAUGGGAGCGUUUUUCGUUACUACUGUUCAGUAUAAUUCUAGAGAGCCAGGAAUUAGACCUAAUUAACCUGCAGAUAAAAGAUGAGAAAAGUAUGAUCUCUUCUCAAGAGCUACACACAAGAGAACAGCAGCAGCUCCUGCAAUAUCUGAGAUCUACUGUUGAAGGACUUUUAGUUAGCCAAGUUUCCAAUGUUUGGAAUGUAUACGGAGGACUCAAUCGACUGCACAAAUGCAUGGAAAGAAUAUUCAGGCAUGGAACCAGAGUCUUUGAUUCAACAGGAGAACCAGACUGCUGGGUCUUUAUUCGAGGACUGAAUUGGCUUGAACCAUCCCUUGCUAUCUCACCAUCUGUACAUGAGUCUGACGACUAUCUUUCCAAUCUACCCACAAGGAUAGGUUCUCGAAAAGAUUCGUUAUGGCUGUAUAAAAGCUUGGAGAGUCAUUCCCUUUCCCAGAAGCUCGCGUGGCUUCUGUCAGACAAGGAACAUCUAUCAUCCUGCCUAGAAUCUUGGGCUUUUUUGUGUCAAGAAACGCUUGCUGAAGCUACACUGAUCUGUCUCAGAGCUGUAGAAAAGAAUCAACCCUCAUUACUUACAGAAAUUGAUCCUUCAUUAUUUCUAGCAAAUUGGGAUUUAGGUAGGAACAGUCCUAAGAGACAUCGAAGGUCUUCGUCAUACCCCACAAACCUUUCAUAUAAGCAAUGGAAUACUGUGAAUAUAGAGAAUACGGAUAGUUACAAAGACUACAACGUAGAGAGACCUGAUAAUACAUCUAAAUUAACGAUAGAUGAUCUGACAGUAUUAGAGAAGCCAGGUGCUGGUUCUAAGGAAAUAAAAGUGAAAAUCAAUUCAGAGCCAAUUAUAAAAAAAAGCGAACUUGACUCACCUCUGAAAGUAUGGAGUAGUCUACCUACAUUAAAUGAGAACCACGAGAGUUUUUGUAACUCGAUUUCUACUCUACCUUUGAGUCCGAAAAAGUUUUUUAUCGACACCGAAGAAGGAACCACUUCACCUGGCUCUAGUCCAUCAUAUAAACUAGCCAAUGUAAUCAAAGUUAACUAUGCUGACAUACAAUCUAGAAGUACGACAUCCAGCGUCGAUGGGAAACCAUUUAAAAAAAGUAGCCCUACGAGAAAAUGUCGCAAGAAAGUGAAAAUUAUACACGAUAAACAGCUAGAAAGAAAGUCAAGUGACGGAAGUUCGGAUACUCUAAACUGCGAGGACUCUGGGAAUAGUCUGAAUGAGUCGCUAACCACUUCACAGAAAGCAAUAGUUUUGGAAUUAAAACAUUUGACCAAGGCGGCUAAAAGCGGAUCAAAGAGAAAUAUUAGUAAAAGAAGAACAUCACUGCUGCCGGGAUCUGUUCCAGAAUUUACGAGAUCAUGGAGCGUUGAGAUCGGUCAGAAAGAUCUCAGAACACCAAAGAAAAGCUUCAUGGAGGAUGGUGGCAGUAGCGUUCAGCCAAUGGCUACAGGAUACUUCCCAAAGCCUCUCGAGGGUCAAAGCCUCACCAGUUUUCUGUCUUCUGCUCAGUUUUCCAGGGCUAAUGCUGAGCUAGAUAGGGAAAAUGCACACUUCAGUAUCUCUGAGGCCAUGAUUGCAGCUAUUGAGCAGGUCAAAUGUAACAAACAGCUGAAUUUGGCAGAUGAAACGAUAGAAGAAAGUGACGAAGAAAUUAAUAAUCUGAAACAACGGAUCCGUUUGCGGCGCCGUCAAAGACAAGAGGAGAAAUUCAGGGGAGCAUGGUGUCGUGAUCUUCUGAGUGAUGGAAAGACAGAUACUACUACCACGGAUCAGAGUGUUAGUCCGUUAUCCACUUCACCAGGGACAACUUCUGACAGUACUUCAACAGACGACGUUUUCAAUACUGGUGUCUCUAUGUCAAUGGAAGUAUUAUUUGAAGAAGCAGCUGCUGACACGAUGAUCAUACCGAGAUAUGGCACAGAGACUACCCUCACGGAAAGCAUUGUAUCUGCCGAAAGCGUAGCUUUAUCAUUAAUAAGACGAUUUAGCGAAAGACAAUUACCUAGGGCUAGCGAAUUAGAAUGGCUCGUCUCUGAGCAAGAUGCUCCACAACAGCUCCUACCUUUGCCUACAAGUUGGCCUAUCAGCCCUGACGAAGCUGAGAAUGAGGAUAUGACGCAGGCAACUGCUUUACGUGGAACAAUAGAAUGGGCACCACCCAGACCUCAAAUAAUUUUCACCACGCAACCACCACCGGUGAGAAAGAUACUUAUGGCCAAGCAAAACUAUAGGUGUGCUGGAUGUGGCAUGAAAGUUGCUGUAGAAUAUGCAAAUAGAUUUCGAUAUUGUGAAUAUUUGGGAAGGUAUUUUUGUACAGGAUGUCACACCAACCAGCUCACUUUGAUACCUGGAAAAGUUCUCUCGAAAUGGGAUUUUAACAGGUACCCUGUUUCAAAUUUCUCCUACCGAUUAUUGGAUCAAAUGAUGGCGGAUCCCUUAUUUCAAGUAGAUGACUUGAAUUCAACGCUUUAUAGACGUAUAAAACUAUUAGAAAAAACAAGGAUAUUACGAACGCAACUAUUUUACCUGAAAGAUCUCUUAUUCACCUGUAGAUUUGCUGAAGAAUUGCAAGAAACUUUACAGAAAGAACCGAUAUACAUGUUAAAUGAUCCCCAUGUAUACGCUAUUCAAGAUUUUGUACAAGUUAAAACUGGAGUGUUGCCUAACAGAUUGAAGGAUUUAGUACAGGAUAGUUGUAACCACGUUAUGCAAUGUGAACUCUGUUUAGCCCGUGGAUUUGUGUGUGAAUUGUGUUCCUCAAAGGAAAUAAUUUUUCCCUGGCAACUGAUAAAGGUAACCAGAUGCGAUCAAUGCGGAGCAUGUUUUCACACUCAGUGUAAACAUAAAUCAAGCAAAAAGGAAUGUCCCAGAUGUAAACGAUUACAAGCUAGGCGAACAUCUAUGGAAAAAUCCUCUUGACAGAGUUGUCGGAACAAUAAAUUCAAAAAAAGCACAGGUGGGUAGAAAAUUAUUUAAUAAAUACUAUGAAGUAACUGUUAGACACAGGUCAUUAUUAUGAACGCAUCUAAUUUCUUGAUACGCCGUCAACCCUGACGUAAAUGUUCAAGCAUAUCGCUGCAUUUGUAGCAGCAGGGCCAAAUCAGAUGUUAGGUAUCAAUAUUUGAUAUAAAAAAUAUCAGACGACAAGAAUUAUUGUACACUUUUCAAGUUGAGAUAGGCAAAUUCCAAACGUUUUCAGAGCUACGUCAGACAUAGAACAUGGAUUCAUUCUGGUCCCAGGUGUAAGUUGUGACUGAAGAAUUGUGAUAUGAUAUUGUAUUAAUCUAUUUAUAGUAUGCGUACGUAUUUUGUAAGCCACAUGAAUAUCUUCUAUGUCUAGUAGCUGAAAAUAAUUGAGCGAAAUCUCCCCCAAUAUUUUUCUGGUCACUGUAACUAUUAUUUGACAAAUAUGGAUCGAAGAAAUGUAACUAAUUCGAUGAUGUAUAGAGCGCAAUGAAAAGCUACAGGAUAGUUAUUCUUAAGAUUUAUUUGAGCUUGCUCAUCACUGUAAUCCACAAAAGGAUACAAGAGUUCAUGUCAUACGACUUUUCACUUUUCUUCAUACAUGAUUAUUUGUCUGAUCAGAAAAGAAACCGAGAAUUCAGAAUCUAAUUACUACCACUCCAUUAAUGUGUUGUCAGUGAAAAUUUUAAUUUCAUUGAGUUUAUUCAUCAGAACAACAUCUUGAGCCUCGUUUCAGAAGAUGGAUGAUAAAUAAUAUUAUAGACGUCUAACGUAAAACCCUAUAAGUAAAUUCAAAUAAAUACAACCAUCGUGAAUUUUCGUAAAAAUUACAUGAGUGGAGUACGCUUGAUGAUUUUUCAUCAAACAUUUAUUCUAGGUACGAAAAUUAAAUUAUUCUCAACAUAUUUAUUUCAAUAACUAAAGUACCUGCUUUUUACAAAUUUAUAAGAGUUAUUGUUAAUAUAUCCAUGUUGCCCUGUCUAUUGUAUAACCAUUCUGUUUUAAUAAAGGACUCUCGUUAAAAUUG